AUGAAAGCCUAUUUGAAGAGCGCAGACGGCUUUUUUGUCCUAAAUAAAAGCACCACAAUCGGCAAGCAUGCGGAUUCAGACCUCGUCUUACAGUCCUCAGACAUCGACAACCACCAUGCGCUCAUCGAAUUCAACGAGGCCGAGGGCAGCUUUGUCCUUCAAGACUUUAACUCCCGCAACGGUACAUUUGUCAACGAGUGCCACAUCCAGAACGUGGCGGUGAAGCUGAUCCCUGGGGACAUUCUGCGGUUUGGCUCUAUGGGGCUGACCUAUGAGCUGGUCAUUGAGAGCCCGCCCCAGGUCUCCUGCCCAUGGAUGAGGGGCCCAGCACCUUGGCCAAGGCCGCAGCCACCUCUGCCCACACAGCAGCCACACCAGUCAUCCUCGCCACCCCACAUGCCCUUCCACCAGGGCAUCCAGCCAACAACAGUGCAUAGAAGUUGGUCACAGGGUUGCCCCAGGCCCACCAUGGCCCCGCCUGGCCCUCACCAGAGGCCCAUGAGUGCCAGCGGGAAGAUGUUUUCCUUUAUGAUGGACCCCAAAUCCCCUGUAAUCAAGCAAGUGUGGGCCAGCGCCAUGGAAAUGUCAGAGCAAUGCGUGGUCGAGGGACUCUCCGGGACGAUGCCUCCCACCGAGAUCUUCAUGGACCAGGACUUAGGCCAGCAAGACAAGGAUGAGAUCAUUAUGCUGCUGGGGAGAGAGGUCAAUCGGCUCUCUGAUUUUGAAAUGGAGUCCAAAUACAAAGACGCAGUAAUAAUGAACCUGCAGGGAGAGGUGGCCGAGCUGAGUCAAAGGCUGUCAGAGACAGCUGCUGUUGCUGCCGCUGCCACCGCUGCCAGGCAGGGCGACAGGUGCGUCCACAAGUUCCAGGGCCUGGAUGAAGACAAUGAUCUCAGGCAGAAGGAGAUUGAGAGUAUGAAGAGCCAGAUCAGCGCCCUUCAAAAAGGCUAUAGCCAGGUGCUAAGUCAGACCCUGGCUGAGCGCAACUCGGAAAUCACAUUACUAAAGAACGAAGGCGAGAACUUAAAGAGAGACCAUGCCAUCACCUCAGGGAUGGUGACAUCUCUACAGAAAGACGUGUCAGCACGGAACGAGCAAGUUCAGCAGCUGAAGGAGGAGGUGAUCCAACUGAAAAGUCAGAACAGAGAAAAGGAGCACCAGCUGGAAGCCCUGGGCUCCAGGUGUUCAGAGCUGAAAGAUGAGCUAAGGAGGGAAGAGGCUCAGAAGGAGAGCAGGGAGGCUCAGGAGAAAGAGUUGAAAUUCUGCAGAAGCCAAAUGCAAGAAAUGGAGAAAGAGGUGAAGAAGCUCAGAGAGGAACUGAAGAAGAACUGUCCCAAUCAGAACACCAUCUCCAAGACACUGCGAGAAAAGAGCAAGGUUGAAGAGAAGCUUCAGGAAGAUUCCAGAAGGAAAUUGCUUCAGCUGCAAGAAAUGGGGAACAGAGAGAGUCUCAUUAAAAUCAAUUUGGAAAGGGCAGUGGGCCAGCUAGAGCACUUCAGAAGCCAGGUCAUCAAAGCCACUUUUGGAAGAGCAAAGCCAUUCCGUGACAAGCCCAUCACCGACCAGCAGCUGAUAGAGAGGAUCAUCCAGGUCACCGAGGACAGCCUCAGCUUCCAGCAGAGGAAAUGGACCCUGCAGAAGGAUGCCCAUCUGGGCAACUCCAAACGGGAGGAGACCACACUGAGUGUGGAGAAGCUAAGGGCACUGCUCCACAACUGCCAGGCUUGUAUGAGGAAUUCCUGCAGCAGCAGCGACCUGAAGAAGGAAGUGGGACUCCUUCAGCAUCUGCAGCUCAGCCCACCCGUGUCAGGGCUCCAGAAGGCUGUGCUGGACGUCCUGCGCGUCUCCCUGUCCUGGCUGGAGGAAACAGAGCAGCUGCUUAGGGACCUCAGCAUCCAGCUGUCUGGUUCUGACAAAGGGUUCUCUUUGUAUCUACUAUAUCUUCUGGAACAUUACAAGAAAAUCAUGAGCAAGACCAAGGAACUUCAGGUCCAGAUGAGCACUUCUCAGGAAACUCAACAGUCUCUGCAGCAGGAGCACCUGGCUGAGAAGGAGAAGCUGAACAAGGAGAAGCUGGAACAAGAGGAGAAGCUGAAAGCCAGAAUCCAGCAGCUGACGGAAGAGAAGGAGGCUUUGGAGGAGAGCGUCACUCGGGAGAAACACAGAGCACAGGAGGCCCUGGAGAAGGCACAAAGUCGAGUCCGCGAUCUGGAGAGCCAUUUGGCCUGUCAAAAGGAGGAGAUAGAAUUAAAGGGGCAAAAGGAAGACAUCUUAAAUACUAAAUUAAACGACGCCCUCGGCAUGCUAGACGAGGUGCAGAAGAUGAAGACAGCCGAGACUCUGAAAGCCGAGAACCUCGCCCUCAAGUUAAAUGAAACACUAGCUGAGCUCGAAACAACCAAGGCAAAGAUGAUCGUGAUGGAGGAUCGGCUGAGGCUGCAGCAGCAGUCGGUGAAGGCCCUGCAGGAUGAACGGGAAUCCCAGAAGCAUGGCUUCGAGGAGGAAAUCAUGGAGUACAAAGAACAGAUCAAACAGCACUCACAGACCAUCGUGAACCUCGAGGAACGGCUCUACCAAGUGACCCAGCACCACAGGAAAAUAGAUGGGGAGAUCGCAACACUAAAAGACAAUGAGCCAGUAAAAAAGGAGGAAGUGCCCCAAGAGCCCGCAGAAGCACCCCCACUGGACAGCAGUACCAAAGAAGUAGCGUGUGACCACCUAAUAGAUGACUUACUAGCUGCUCAGAAGGAAAUCCUGUCUCAGCAGGAGGUCAUCAUGAGGCUGAGGACAGACCUCAAUGAAGCCCAUGGCAGGAUGUCAGACCUGAGAGGGGAGCUGAAUGAGAAGCAGAAGAUGGAGCUGGAGCGACACGUGGCCCUGGUGCAACAGCAGAACAAGGAGCUGAGCGUGCUCAAAGCGAAGGUGGCGCAGACCAGCGGCCUGGUGGAGAAGAAAGACAGGGAGCUGAAGGCCCUCAGGGAGACGCUCAGGACUUCCCAGGAGAAACAUAGACCCCACCUGAGCAUGGAGCAGAAGCCUAGGAAUCUGAACCAGAAGUGUGACAUCUCUUUGCAGAUAGAACCAGUUCACCCAGAUACAUUCUCCAGCUUCCAAGAGGAGCAGUCCUUCAGUGACCUGGGGGCCAAGUGUAAAGGGUCUCGACAUGAGGAAGUCAUUCAGCGGCAGAAAAAGGCCUUGUCGGAACUCCGGAUACGAAUCAAAGAGCUGGAACAGGGCCGCUCUCCCAAUCAUAAGGACCACGUGAAUGAAUCGUUCCUAGAACUAAAGACCCUCAGAAUGGAAAAAAAUGUACAGAAAAUAUUAUUAGACGCAAAGCCUGACCUGACGCCUCUCUCAAGAAUAGAGAUCCGAUCGCCCCAGAAUGGCCUUUUAAACUCAGGCUCCAACUUGGCCAUCGAGAAGUCGAUGAGAACAGAUGCUACAGAAGCCUUAGAACUCAGUGAGAAGCUGUACAUGGACAUGAGCAGGACGCUUGGCAGCCUGAUGAAUAUCAAGGACAUGCUGGGCCAUGUGAACUUGAAGCACCUCUCGCCCAAAGAGCGUGAGGCGGUCAACCACCUCCGACAGAAGGACCUGGACCUGGUGUUUGAUAAGAUCACUCAGCUCAAGAACCAGCUUCAGAGGAAAGAAGAACUUCUGAGAGGAUGCCAGUGGGAACUGGAGCAGCUCAGGCAUAGCAAAGUAUCCAUUCAGAUGUACCAGACGCAGGUGGCAAAGCUGGAGGAUGAUGUCUACAAAGAAGCCGAGGAAAAGGCACUGCUGAAGGAGGCCCUGGAGCGUACAGAGCAGCAGCUGUACCAGGAAAAGAGACUCAACAGGGCCCUCAAGCAGCAGAAGGACCGAGUGGAAGAUCAGGAGCAAAGAAAUGCAUCCUGCAGCUGCCCCUUCAAAGACAGUGAGAAGCAGAGACGCAUAUUUGUAGAGAUGGUCAAGAACAAGAUGCAGAAGUCAAGUCUCCAGGAGUUAACCUAA